UGUUGCUGCUGCUGCUGGUGCCGCUGCCGCUGCCCUGCGCCCGCGGCCCCGGCGCCCCGCCCCGCGCUGGGCCCCGCAGCCAGGCGGCGGCCCCGGCCCGAGCCCCCGCCGCGCCCGGCGGCAGCAGCAGGUCUGCCGGCCAGGUGUGCGCGGGACGGCCCCCGGCGCUGAGGAGCGGCGGCGCUGCCCCCCGGGCCCGCCCCGCAAAGCUCAACUAUUUCGUACAGCCACAGGAGAUUAAAGAAUCUGAUUUUUCAAAGUUCUUGGAGAAGUAUGGCACACACUCUUUCUUGGUGUCAUCACAAGUCCAGCCAUCAUUUUCUGCCUUUUACCGGGCUGGUGAUCCAAUCCUGAUCUACUUUGAUUCAUCAUCUGUGCUGAGCACGCUCAGACAGCCAGUGGCAAUGGGAGCCGGGGGACUUUGUGUCGAUGGAAAUCCUGCUGGCUUCCUGGAGAGUAAAAGCACCAGCUGUACUCGCUUUUUUGCCAACCUGAGCAAGAGCUGCACUUCUGACCCUGCCCUGGCUGCUGCCUCCUACUACCGGGGCUUCUCGGUGCUGAAGGUCCCAGUUAAAGACACCAUUGUGGAGUCCAUGAAGGUGAAGAUCACUGCAGCUGCACCUCCUUCAGCUCCCCACAUGACAGAGAAUACAUGUAACAAUGUUGUUUCUGAGGUGAUAUACAAGAUAGAAUUCAGUGGCACACGUGGGAUUCAGAGUGUUUCUGUUGAGUUCAAAGUGAGCAACGUCUCUGGGAACUCGGGAUCCUCUCUGCAGCAGCACUUCACUUUUCACUUCUGGACCAAUACUUUUUCUCAUAUGUUGCCUAGAAGUGGAAACCCUGGCUAUAUCACUGGAGCACCACUGCUGAUUGCAAACAGUGAUGGUGUGCAGCAUAUGAGCAUUUUGCAGAGUGAAGGUGAUGGAAGUUGCUCACAGCUCCUCAGACACACAGUGCAAUUUGGAAGAAAUAUGAGGACAGGCUGCAAGCUCAGCCUAUCCCCAAUACUGGUAGAAAGUAAUUGUAGUUACAUCCAGCAGAAGCUAUACGAGGCUCUUGAAGGGAUGAACAGAGCAGAAGACCUUGCCAUAACUGGCAGUGCUCGUUCAACCCAGGCAGAAGAGUGGACAAACAUUCUGAUUCAGAACUGCAGUGUGCAGGAUGUGAACUGCACUUCCUGUUGCAUGGUUCCCGUGACUCUGGAGAUACAGAUAUUGUGGACUAGGGUGGGCAUCCUGUCCAACCCACAAGCUCAAAUACUGGGUGCACGAUACUUUUAUAAGUGUCACCCCCUGAAGCUCCUAAGCACAAGCACAGUACCUUUGACAACUGUCAUUACCUUCACUGACAUAACAAAAUGGCCAGAACCUCCACGAGGCCAGCCCCAAAAGCACUGGAAACUCCCAUUUGACAUCUUUUACCCGCUCAAGAUGGCACUGAAUUUGGAAAGAAGCUAUAGAACUGAUCUGGCUGGCUGUUGUUUGCUGAUUCUGUUAAUAUUUAGUAUUCUCUUAUUUUGAAAAGUCAACUAGAUGGAGCCUGUACCUAAAGUUCAGUAAGUGAACUGAUACAUUCAGAGUAUGAUCCAGAUCACAGACUUUUCUCCUCAGGUUUUUAUACUGUGCCUAUGAUACCUGUGUGCCUUCUGUUCAUGGAUUGAUCCAAAUGAAUAGUUUCUGUCCUGUGUCCUCUCAUGCCCCUAUUCUCCAUAUGCACCACGUGCAAACCUCACUGCAGGGAACCACUUGAGAGAUGGAGGGAUCAAGAUUAAAGAGGAACAAGGAGGAGGAUGUUAAAAAGAGCAUUCCCUGGUACCAGAAACCAAGAGUGCUUCCUAAACCAAGAAGUAUGGAGAGAGGAGCAAAUUUCAAACCAGGCAUUUUGGAGCUGCAGUCAUCUUCCUGUAGGAGCAGCACCCAGGUGUUCUACAAGGAACCGACUGAACAUUGGAGAUACCAGGUGGCUUCAAUUGUUAUGAGUAGACAUAGUCUGCCAGGCACCUUUAACCUGGCUUGUUACGUGACAACCAUGCCUUUGUGACAGUUUUUUACUCUCAUUUUUCUAUCUUUUCAAAUACAGAUAUUUAAUUGA